GUGCCCCAUCAACACACUGGCGCCUGAUCAACACCGAGGCUGUGGAGCUGUCGUGGCGGGUGUCGUCGCUCCAGUUCUUCGAAGACAAGGACUGCCUUGAACCGAUACCUGCGGUGGCGCAGACCGGCGCCGCCUUCGGCACGGAGGCCACUGAGCUGACGUCUGUAGAUCAUGCCUUUAUGUUGAACACACCCCGGGGUUGGGAAGCUGCCAAGGAGUGCCCGCCAGAAGAGUGCCACCUGGGUUUCGCCUUCGCCACAGCGCGUGGCGUGGCGUGCCUGGUGCUGCAGCAGGGUGACAUCGGGUUUCACGCUCCCGGCCUGGCUUUACAGCGCCGCGGUGCCGAGGUCGCGGAGUGGACGGAUGUUGCCCGGUGGGGCUCCGUCAGCACGGGGCGAUCCAAGCUCGCCAUAGCCUGUCCGGAGCCGCCGACAGUGACGUCGGCGGUGGUUUCUGACUGUCACUCCGAGAACGGCCUCUUCCAGGAGUGCCGUGUCGCUUGCAGCGAGGGCCGCGGUACAUUGGAGCCGUCCAUGCGCUGCGUCAACGGCGCUUGGUUUGUGCCGCAGUGCUGGCCGCUAGGCUCUCUGGUGCGAGUGGUGCUGGACGAGCCCCAGCGACUGAAACCCUACUGGGUUGUGCUCGACGCCGGCCUCUUCGCUUCCGACGAUUGCAGCGAGCCGAUCAAGAUGGACGGCGUGGCCAUCAGCUCCGGGGAGUUCGUCAUUAA